UAAUAGACGGCGCCACUGAACGGACCCGAUGAAUGAGGGGAUUCCCCAGAAAUAGAAGCGGAUUGUUUUACCCCAGACAAGUUUUAGAAUAUUCAGUGACAACAUGAUGUUACUUCCAAACCGGUAGUCAGAUGAAAUCUGCUUGAGAUACUUGACAUAAUGUCGAACCAACAGAUGGAUUGGAAGGACAUUUCCUUCCGGUUUUGUCCUCCAUCAGUGUAUCGCGAUUUGGAGGCAAUAUUGUUGGUGAGACGAAACGGAGAGAAGUUGCUUGCAGAAACCCUUGGUGUCCCUAGACAAACCAUAGAUACUGCGGGUCGUCGAACUCAGAGUUCUUCAAAGGACAUCCUAGACUACCUCAAAGAAGAUGGUCAGACAACGUGGAGAACAUUUUACAGUGCUGUCGGCUCUCACCAUAGACAUGACAUUAAAACAGAUGUAUUAGACAAGCCAGACACACAGAAAGCAAUCCUGGACUACUACAAGAACAGUAAGGAGUACACUUUGAAGAUUCCGCCAAAGGCACCGACUGAGGUUGAUGAUCCGAUGCAUCAUCUUCUAACCGGAAAGGAUCAUGAUGAAAUUGGGAGGAAAGGUAAUUGUCUACCCUCGCCCUCAACUGGAACAUCACCUACCGAUAUCUCUGUGACAGCAACAACAGUGAAUAUUUAUGUGUCAAGUCCAGAGGCAAAUUUUAAAAAUUUACUGUCAUUUCCAUGCAACGAUGGUUGCCCUCAUCACGGACCUUAUGAUCAAACUCCAAGAGAACCUGUUAAUUCAGGUACCCUGAUGUCGGGGGUAUCUAUGGAAAUUGGCGCACCUUAUCAAAACCCGGUGAAAAGAUCCAAUUCGAACGAAGAGGAGAAUCAGAAUAAGAAAUUGGCGGCUGGUGGUGAUGACAUGGAAACUGACGGACCUGCUGGUCAAACUGUUGCCUCUGUGGGUUUGCCAAAUAUCAGUUCGAUCUGGGAGCAUAAUGCUGUGGACCUCCUUCGCCAAGAACAAAAUGGUGAAAUUUGUAAAUUACGAGUUAAAGCUGAGCCAAAGUCACCCAAGCGAGAAUUUGUGCAUCGCCAGACUACUGCUUACGAGUCCAGAUAUGCUUCCGAACAGCGAAAUGGAGUCAUGAAUGGCUAUCAUGAGGGAGAUGCGACUCUGCUCCAAAAAGACACCAUGCAGUGGCAGAACCCCGAUAAGCCUAUUCAGCGAGGGAGAGGAGAUUUGCCGCGAUCUGCAUCAGCUCCUGAACCAUGCAAAGGCAACGUGAAAACUCAAGUGCCAUCCCUUGGCAGCAGUGAACCACCCAACAGAUCGCAGUCUGUGGUCGAGUCUAGGGUACCUGGCAUAAACAUGGGUCCACCGAUGCCGACAGGAGGACCGGAGCCUGGCGGUACAUGGCCUAAGUCUGGUCUGCGAAGUACCCCUACUAAUGGAUCACAGACUCGGUCUGAACCACGAAAUAUGCAGUACAGUGAAUUCCGUAGAGGGCGCCUCCUCUUUCUUUUUAAUGCCUGUAGCCAGAAAAGGGCUUGUGCGAUGGGGAGGUACUUCUACGAUCAGUUCAAAAUUGGUGUGAAGCUCGGGUACUGGUCCCUAAAGAAUGAAGGUUGUGAGGAGAUAGGACAAGAGAUUAUGCAAGAUGUUGUCAAGAGCAACUGGAUUGCUAUAUGUUUGGACAAGCCGUAUGUGCAGGUCAUACGGGACUUCGAAGAUAGCCGUGAAAAAUACAGACCUCUGCCGCGGAACAAGAACUUCAACAUUCGUUACACCUACGCCCUGCUGAAAGCCGAGUAUCAGAGACAUGGACCAAGUGCACACCAAAUCCUUCUCUUUUAUACACCAGACAUUGAUCUGAGGCUCCUCCCCGAGUGGCUGUUAAAUGCUUCGUCGCAAACCCGAUACAAGCUUCCAGUUUCAUCGAAUCUAUUGCUGACCGAAAUGGAUCAGAAGAAUCUGUAUUGGAUCUUUCGACAGGUUGGAUUGUUGAGUGACCAUAUUGGGCAACGCAGUGAUCAAGCAAGACUGUAUAAGCAGAACGUUUAUCAAUAGGGGAGGACUGUUACUGUCCAGUUCUCCCAGUGAUUGUUGCUAUCAGCAUUUGAUAACCACUUCACCACCGGAAUGUUCGUCGAUGUUAUAUGGUUGAUUACGGCUUGCUGCAGUGUCAUUGUCAUUCGCGGCAAUGAUGUCAUGCAAUGAAACAAUGCAUCAUGACGUCAUGUGACCGGUAUUAAGGUCCGUCGUAGCGUAUGUAAUUACAUACGCCCCAAAAUAUCAGUCCAUUGAGGCCCCUGCCCCCGUUCAUGUAGCUACCCCCUGGUGCUGUUGAGUAGUUGGUGCUCCUCUAAUGUAGAGACCUUCUGGACUCGCAGUAUUGUGGUGGCAUCUGGGAGAAGAGUAUCUUGCCAUAUUAUCGGCUUCCAGUUUAGUACAUUUAAGAGUUGAUUUUUAAAUUAUACAUGUAUUAGUAUCGUUGCUUGGAUCAGAGUGUGAAUGCUUUGUAAUGUAAAUGUAUUGCACAGACAUAGCCAGAGUUUGAAUACAAUGUACCUGGCGGUUCAGUAUGUUUCCUUUUUAAGGACAACUCUUUUGAAUUUGCUGAGAACUCAAAUAAGGCCGUGGUUAUAUAGGAUUCACUUUGUUCAUGUACAUGUAUCAUGUUGUAAUAUGUGAAGGAGUUGUGUACAUGAAUUUCUCCAAUCAUAGGUGACGUCCACUGACAGUGCCAUACCUUGCGUAUUUAAAUUUAUUGGUCUGGAUGUGCUACUCAACUGAAUCAUUGUUUUGUGAAAUGACAUCAUGUAUUAUUAUUACCGGGUUACAAAGCCAUAACUUUGCCGAGGGAUUUUACGAAAAGAAAUGUCAGACUAUUUUUGUCUGUUAUGUUUGUCAAGGGUGUUUGUAUUUAUAUUUUGUGUUUUUAAAAUGUGUCGAGUUCAAGUGGUCGGUCGGUGUAUUCUUAGUACGACCAAUCAAACAUUGUAGAUUUUUUUGAUUUCAAAUAUCUGCUUGAGAAAAAGUUUGAUUCUGGUGAGGAGGAAUGUUAGAGGACAAAUAUCAAGUAAUACCUGAUCAGCGGUUUUGAUGAUUUGCAGUGUUCUUGUAUCAUUUGUCUAUACUCUUGGUUGAUUAUUUUUAGACACUCUUGCCUUUCAAAGAAACUAUAUUAAAAGCCACCUGAAAGUGGUUCCUUACACUAGCUUUACAAUUCUAAAAAUAGUUUUCUCACUGGAUUUAUCCUAUGUUAAAUGUGUUAUUUGUUUCAAAAGACUUAUUUGUUUGUACUCAAAAUUCAAAAAGGCAGAAUUUAAUGAAUUUAUUUCAUCCUAGUUGAAAGAUGAUCAUUUUUUGAUAAAUGUAUAUGUUAACAGGAAUUCAUAAAGACUUUAUUUAUUCUUGAUGUUGAUUAUGUCAGUUAACGUAAUGCCCCAUUGUUGAAGUUGACUUUUUGGUAUUUUUUAAAACAAAAAAGUUUUGAAAUUCCAUGAUACAUGUUGCUAAACAAUGAAUUUGCACUAUUUUGUUAGUCUAUGAUUUUAGGGAAUCGCUUGUUAAUGAGUUGUAAAUAAGAUUUCUGAUUAUAAUAAGCAAUUUUGUACAGUUACAGAAUAAAUCAAUCUACAUUGUAUC